AUGUCGGAAUUACAUGCUUUGCUUACUUUCCCAGAGAGACCCAUUUCUCAGAGUUACUAUGUACCAAAAUUGCAGCAUUUCUUAAAAUCUGGUAUACCGGCUACAUAUACUUUAGAGCAGGUUGCUGCCUUUGAGCGUGAGUCGGAGAAUAGAAACGGGGAUAAUGAAUCCAGAGAGAGCAAGGACGAUACUAAGACCUCAAACACAACGCCAUUACACGUCUUAGCAAGAUCGCUACCCUUGGAUAUUAAGGAUGAGGAACUGCAAGUGGUGAUGAAUAUGAUGAAUAUUCUUUUCGAGUAUGGAGCUGGAUGGAAUUUUAUUGACUACGAGGACAAAACAGUAGGCGAUCUUUUUUUAGAGAGAAAUCAAACCAGGGAAAGCCCUCUUUAUAAUCGCCUCGUGGAAGCUGGUGUCUCUGCAGAAUUACUGCUGAGAAAACUCAAUGGUUGCGACGUCGAAUUCUUGGAUACAACUGAACCAAUAGGUAUCGGCUCUGAGGAAAGUGUUCGGGUAGCACCUGAUGGUCAGAAACAAGAACCAGUUGACAGUGAUGAUGACGACGCUACCGCAGCAAAUCAACAUGUGUACCUAAAGACAGAACUAGAGUACAAAGACGAUGCCCUUAUCACAAAGGAAAAUAAAGAUGGUGUCAUGAUGGAUUGGGAAACAAAAAUUAUGGAAAUUGCCUCCGAAACAUUAUUUCCCGACCGAGAGGCUAGGUCCGCUACUGUCUUAAACAUUGGCUUUGGAAUGGGGAUCAUCGAUACAUUCAUCCAGGCUCGAAAGCCUUACCGUCACUAUAUUUGCGAAGCCCAUCCAGAUGUCUUGGCCAAGAUGAAAACGGAUGGUUGGUAUGAAAAGGAUAAUGUGGUUAUUUUGGAGGGAAGAUGGCAAGAUACGUUGAAUAACUUAUUAGACAAGGGUGAGGUUUUCUUUGAUGGUAUUUAUUAUGAUACAUUUAGCGAGCACUACCAAGACAUGUUGGACUUAUACGAUGUCAUAGUAGGCUUAAUUAAACCAGAAGGCGUUUUCUCAUUCUUUAACGGAUUGGGCGCUGAUAGAUCGUUGUGUUACGAUGUAUAUAAAAAAAUUGUUGAGAUCGACGUUGCUACUUAUGGCAUGAAAUGUGAUUACACCAGAUAUUCUCUUGACAAGCAACUGCCAGAUUGGAAUGAUGUUAAACGGUCUUACUUUAACUGUAACUAUUACUAUCACCCACGCAUCACAUUUGCCUAA